AUGGCGGCGAACGAGACCGCCUCCACGCACCGCCUGUCGUCCACCACAGGCGUGCACCUGCUCAAGGUCGCCGGACACUCCCUGAUCAAAGGAGCCAGCACCAGCGUCGAGUCCAAGCCCUUCCGCGUCGGCGGCCACGACUGGGUCGUCGAGUACUACCCCUACGGCAACAAGAACGCCGGCGAGCAACACACGUCCGUCUUCAUCAACUUGGAAAACCCCGGGGAGGCCAUUGUCCGGGCGAACUACUCCUUCUGCCUCCAAGGCCCUGGCUCGCCGGUGACGGGGGAGAAGACCACAGUUAACGGCAGCACGCACGAUUUCUCCGCCGCGCACAAGAGCUACGGGUUCAGCAAGUUCGUGCGCAAAGCCGAUCUAACCAAGUGGGGCUACCUCAACGACGACUGCCUCCUGAUCAAGUGCACCGUCGAGAUCAUCUCCUCCGACAUCUUCGAGGGCCACGGAGACGACGACACGAGCGUCGUCGUGCCACCCUCGGAACUGACCAGAGAUAUCGGCAAGAUCCUAGACGACGGCCUCAAGGCGGACAUGACCGUCAAGAUCGGCUGGUUCAGGAGGUUCAAGGUGCACGCGUGCGUGCUCGCCGCGCGGUCGCCGGUCUUCCGCGCGCAGCUGUGCGGCUCCAUGGUGGAGAGCAGGCGAAGCAGCAUUCGCGUCAGGGGCAUAUGCGCAAGUGUCUUCGAGGCCCUACUGUAUUACAUGUACAAGGACACCCUGCCGCCGUUCAUGGAGGAGGCCACCGAGGAGGCUACGAACAUGGCGCAGCAUCUGCUCGUCGCUGCCGACCGGUACGCCAUGGAGAGGCUGAAGCUGAGCUGCGAGAGCAAGCUGAGCAAGGCGCUGGAUGCCAAGACGGUGGGUUUCACCGUGGAUUUCGCCGAGCGACACAACUGCCAGCAACUCAAGAAUUGUUGUGUCAAGUACAUGGCGAGAACCUGUGAGGAAUAA